AUGGAAGAAUUUGUUGCGGUACUCAGACGAUAUUUAGAUGCACUUUCAAGUGCUAGAGAGAAUAUGAGUGAUAAAUUGGACUUGACAGCCGGACAAGAAUCAGAAACGGCUAUACAAAUAAUCAAUACGAGUGAAAUUGAAAAUAUUAUUGAUAGUUCUGAAACAAUGGAUCGUUUAAUUCGCUUAGUUGAGAAAUGGGUUAAUCAAAUUGAACAAAUAUUAAACCAGUCUGAUCAAGUUCGUAGAGAAUCGGAUGACGUUGGACCUUCGGCUGAAUUGACCUAUUGGCGAGCUCGUUUAGUUCGUUUCACUAACUUAAUUGAAGAAAUGCGUAAUCCAAGUAUUCAAGCAAUUAUUUCUACUUUGCACUAUGCAAAAGCACGUGUAAUCAAACAGUGGCGUCAACUGGACGAUCGCAUCAUUAAUGGAGUUAAUGAAGCAAAAGAUAAUCUUAAGUAUCUGUUUACACUGGAUAACUUUUUCGGUUCAUUUUCUAAUACAAAUCCAUCUAAAAUACGUCAACAAUUACCAGUUCUACUUAAUGCUAUUCGUAUGAUUUACAGUAUCUCUGAAUAUUAUAAUAAUUCAGAAAGAAUGACUUCAUUAUUUAUUAAAAUAACAAAUCAAAUGGUUGUUGCAUGUAGAAAGUAUGUAACAGAUGGUGUUAGUCGAAUAUGGGAUUUACCACGAAAUAUUUUACUUGAUCGAAUCAAUGAAUGUAUUCAAUUGAAUGUUGAAUAUCAAGAGAAUUUCCGUAAAGUUCGACACAGACUUCAAGAAAAUCCAUCCGGUAGACAAUUCGAUUUCAGUGAAAAUUAUAUAUUUGGCAAAUUUGAUGUGUACACAUCAAGAUUAAAGAAAAUUUUAAUAAUUCUAGAAAAUAUAGAUAAUUUCAAUGUAUUAUUGGAUUUUAAAGCUGAAGGAAUUGAUCCAAUUGUUGUACGAUAUAAAACAUUUUAUGAUAAUUUACAUAAAAGAAAUUUCGAUGGAGCUGAUCAAAUUAAACGUGAUUUUGAUAGGGACUUGGAUGAGUAUAAAAGUCAAUUCGACACAAUAGCACAACAACUUCGCGAUUUCCUUGAUGCAUGGUUUAAACAACCUGCGCCUGGUAAUGUUGAAGUAUGGCUUGGUGAAUUAUUACAAACAUCAAGAAAUUCACUUCAUUCAGUUAUUAGAUCAGCAUAUUUUGCGAUAAAUGAUCAACAAUUUAACUUAUUAGAAUUUGAAAAUUCAUAUCCAGCACAAGUUGGUCUACUUGGUAUACAAAUGUUAUGGACAAGAGAUGCACAAGAAGCAUUAAGACAAGCCAAAAAUGAUCGAAAAAUUAUGAAUACAACAAAUUAUUUCUUUUUAGAAAUAUUAAAUGAACUUAUUGGUGUUACAACACAAGAAUUAUCUAAAAUUGAUCGAACAAAAUAUGAAACAUUAAUUACAAUACAUGUACAUCAAAGAGAUAUUUUCAAUGAUCUCGUUACAAUGCGUGUCAAAUCCCCUAAAGAUUUUGAAUGGUUAAAACAGUCAAGAUUUUAUUUUAAUGAAGAAAAUGAUCAAUGCAUCGUUAGCAUUACUGAUGUAGAUUUUAUUUAUCAAAAUGAAUUUCUAGGUUGUACAGAUCGAUUGGUUAUUACCCCAUUAACUGACAGGUGUUACAUUACUUUAGCUCAAGCACUUGGUAUGUCACUUGGUGGUGCACCAGCUGGACCGGCAGGUACUGGGAAAACAGAAACAACCAAAGAUAUGGGUCGCUGCCUUGGUAAAUAUGUAGUUGUAUUCAAUUGUUCCGAUCAAAUGGAUUACCGUGGUUUGGGUCGAAUUUAUAAAGGAUUAGCACAAUCUGGUUCGUGGGGUUGUUUUGAUGAAUUCAAUCGAAUCGAAUUACCUGUACUGUCUGUGGCAGCGCAACAAAUUGCUAUUGUACUAACAUGUAAAAAAGAAAGAAAACCACAAUUUAUAUUCACUGAUGGUGAUACAGUUGAUAUGGACCCCGAAUUCGGCAUAUUUUUGACUAUGAAUCCUGGUUAUGCUGGUCGACAAGAAUUACCGGAAAAUUUAAAGAUCAAUUUUCGUACAGUUGCUAUGAUGGUACCAGAUCGAGCAAUUAUUAUGCGUGUUAAAUUAGCUGCUUGUGGAUUUUUGAACAAUGUUGAUUUAUCUAAGAAAUUCUAUACACUUUACAAACUAUGUGAAGAACAAUUAUCGAAACAAGUUCAUUAUGAUUUCGGUUUAAGAAAUAUUUUAUCAGUUCUACGUACACUCGGUGCAUUUAAACGUGCUAAUCCACAAGAUUCGGAAACAAUGAUAGUUAUGCGUGUAUUACGUGAUAUGAAUUUAAGUAAAUUAGUAGAUGAAGAUGAACCAUUAUUUAUGUCAUUAAUUAUGGAUUUAUUUCCUGGAAUGCAGUUGGAUAAGAAAGGCUAUCCAGAAGUUGAAGCUUCUUUAGAAAAACAAAUUGAUCAACUUGGUCUUAUUUAUCAUCCACCUUGGGUAUUAAAAUGUAUACAACUUUAUGAAACAUUACGGGUUAGACAUGGUGUUAUGACACUUGGACCAUCAGGUGCUGGUAAAACUAAGUGUAUCAAUUCUUUAAUGAAAGCAAUGACUGAAAUCGGUGAUCCACAUAGAGAAAUGCGUAUGAAUCCAAAGGCUAUUACAGCACCACAAAUGUUUGGUAGAUUAGAUGUAGCUACAAAUGAUUGGACUGAUGGUAUUUUUUCCACUUUAUGGAGACGUACACAUAAAGUUAAAAAAGGUGAACAUAUCUGGUUGAUAUUAGAUGGACCAGUAGAUGCUAUUUGGAUUGAAAAUUUAAAUUCUGUAUUAGAUGAUAAUAAAACAUUAACAUUAGCUAAUGGUGAUCGAAUACCGAUGGCACCAACAGCAAAAAUUUUGUUUGAAGUACAUAAUAUAGAUAAUGCAUCACCGGCUACAGUAUCAAGAAAUGGAAUGAUUUUUAUGUCAAGUUCUAUAAUGACAUGGGAACCUAUACUAAAAGGAUGGCUUCGAACUCGUUCACCAAAUGUAACUGAAUUAAUAUUUAAUAGUUUCAAAGGAUUCUUCGAAGAUGCUUAUCGUUAUGUUACUCAGAAUUUGGAACCAAAAAUGGAAAUUUUACAAUGUAAUUACAUUCGGCAAGCAAUUAAUCUACUUGAAGGCUUACUUCAAGGAUUAGAUGAGAAAGAAAUUAAACAACUUCAUAUGGAAAGAUUAAUUACAUUUGCAGCAAUGUGGUCAUUAGGCGCUUUAUUAGAAUUAACUGAUCGUUUAAAAUUACAACAAUUUUUAAUGGGAAACGGAAAAUUACCACUGCCAAAAUGUGGGGUAGAUGAUACAAUAUUUGAAUAUAUGGUUAACGAACAAGGUGACUGGGCUCAUUGGGAGAGUAAGGUACCAUUGUAUGUAUAUCCACAUGAUCAAACACCUGAAUAUACUGGAAUUCUUGUACCAAAUGUUGAUAAUACAAGAACAGAUUUCUUACUUGAUUUAAUUGCAAAACAAUGUAAACCAGUCAUGUUGAUAGGCGAACAGGGUACAGCAAAGACGGUUAUUAUCAAAGGUUACUGCGGUAAAUACAAUCCAGAAGUGCAUGUAUUUAAAUCAGUCAACUUUUCAAGUGCCACUUCACCAAAUAUGUUUCAACGUACCAUUGAAAGUUAUGUUGACAAACGUAUGGGUAGUACAUUUGGACCACCAGCUGGAAAGAAAAUGACAAUAUUCAUUGAUGAUAUCAAUAUGCCAAUUAUUAAUGAAUGGGGUGAUCAAAUAACUAAUGAAAUUACUAGGCAACUAAUAGAAAUGUCCGGUUUCUAUAGUUUAGAUAAACCUGGUGAUUUUACAACAAUAAUUGAUAUUCAGUUUGUUGCUGCUAUGAUUCAUCCUGGUGGAGGUCGUAAUGAUAUACCUCAAAGACUUAAACGUCAAUUCAAUAUAUUCAAUUGUACUCUACCUAGUAAUGCUUCAAUGGAUAAAGUUUUUGGUUCAUUAGGAUUAGGGCAUUUUUGUAGUGAACGAGGUUUUUCAUCAGAUGUGAUUAAAACAGUUCAAUGUUUAGUUCCAGCGACUAGAAAACUUUGGCAACGUGUUAAAGCGAAAAUGUUACCAACUCCAGCUAAAUUUCAUUAUGUAUUUAAUUUACGUGAUGUUAGUCGUAUAUGGCAAGGAAUGUUACGCACAACGUCAGAUGUUAUCACUAAUCCAUCUAUUUUAUUAGCUUUAUGGCAGCAUGAAUGCACUCGAGUCACUGCUGAUCGUUUCACUGAACAUAGUGAUCGUGAAUGGUUUGACAAAACAUUAAAACAAGUCGGAAUUGAAGAAUGUGGUGCUUUAGCAAACCAAACUGAUUGGGCAGAUCCUUACUUUGUUGAUUUCUUAAGGGACGCUGCAGAAGCAACUGGUGAAGAGACAGAUGAUGCAGAUUUUGAAGCACCGAAAAUAUACGAACCAAUCAUAAGUCUAGAACAAUUGAGUAAUCGUUUACAAAUGUUGAUGCAAAUGUACAAUGAAGCAGUACGUGGCAGUAAAUUAGAUUUGGUAUUUUUCAAGGAUGCUAUGAUACAUCUUGUAAAAAUUUCACGUGUAAUCAGAACACCUAAAGGUCAUGCAUUGUUGGUUGGAGUUGGUGGUUCAGGCAAACAAUCGCUUACACGUUUAGCUUCAUUUAUAGCAGGUUAUAAAACUUUUCAGAUAACAUUAAGCCGAUCAUAUAAUGUCUCUAAUCUUAUUGAGGAUUUGAAAUAUCUUUAUCGGACAGCCGGCCACCAAGGACAAGGGAUAACAUUCUUAUUUACUGAUAAUGAAAUCAAAGAUGAGUCAUUCUUGGAAUAUUUAAAUAAUAUGCUUAGUUCUGGUGAAAUCGCCAACUUAUUUGCUCGGGAUGAAAUGGAUGAAAUUCUACAAGAACUAGUUGGCCCUAUGAAACGUGAAUUUCCACGUCGACCUAUUACUAAUGAAACAUUAGCUGAAUAUUAUUCAAGUAGGAUAACACAAAAUCUACAUGUUGUUUUAUGCUUUUCACCAGUUGGACAAAAGUUUCGUAAUAGAAGUUUGAAGUUUCCUGGUCUUAUUUCUGGUUGCACAAUGGAUUGGUUUCAAAGAUGGCCUAAAGACGCGUUGAUUGCUGUAUCGAAUCAUUUCUUAUCUACUUUUGACAUAGUCUGUACACCCAAUGUGAAAAAAGCUGUAGUACAGACAAUGGGUGUGUUUCAAGAUUUGGUAGCUGAAUCAUGUACUGAUUAUUUUCAACGUUUUCGUCGUCAAACUCAUGUUACACCCAAAUCAUAUCUAUCAUUUAUUAAUGGUUACAUGGAAAUAUAUAAAAUGAAACAUAAUGAAAUUGGUCAAUUAGCUGAACGUAUGAAUACUGGUUUAAAAAAAUUAGUUGAAGCAACUGAAUCAGUAAAUGAAUUAAGUAAAGAAUUAAUUGAAAAAGAAAAAGAACUUGCUAUUGCUAAUAAAAAAUCAGAAGAAGUUCUAACACAAGUAACUGUUCAAGCGACAGCAGCACAAAAAGUUAAAACUCAAGUACAAAUAGUGAAAGAUAAAGCACAAGUACUUGUUGAUGGAAUUAGUGUAGAUAAAGCAUCUGCUGAAAUGAAAUUAGAAGCAGCUAAACCAGCUUUAAUGGAAGCUGAAGCUGCAUUAGAAACAAUUAAACCAACACAUAUUUCUACAGUGAGAAAACUUGGUAGACCACCACAUUUGAUUAUGCGUAUUAUGGAUUGUGUCUUAUUGUUAUUUCAAAAGAGAUUGGAUACUGUCACACCGGAUCCCGAACGUCCUUGUCCUAAACCCAGUUGGAAUGAAGCAUUAAAACUUAUGGGUGGUGCAAACUUUUUAAAUGGAUUAUUGAAUUUUCCUAAGGACACAAUCAAUGAAGAAACAGUGGAAUUAAUGUUACCUUAUUUCGAAAUGGAUGAUUUCAAUAUGGAACAAGCUAAACGUGUUUGUGGUGAUGUUGCUGGUUUAUGUUCAUGGACGAAAGCUAUGGCUUCAUUUUUUGCUGUUAAUAAAGAAGUUUUACCACUUAAGUCAAUGUUAGCACUACAGGAAAAGAGACUGGAAGGAGCUUUGUCUGAAUUGGCGGUUGCUCAGGGUCAACUAGAUGAGAAGCAAAGGGAAUUGGAUCUGGUCCAAGCGGAAUAUGAUCGUGCAAUGGCUGACAAACAGAAACUCUUAGAUGAGGCUGACGGAUGUAGAAGAAAAAUGAGUAAUGCUACAGCAUUGAUAGAAGGUCUUGCGGGUGAACGUAUUAGAUGGACAGAAGCAAGUCAAACAUUUGAAGAGCAAAUUAAUCGGCUAGUCGGAGAUGUACUUUUAGCAACUGGAUUUCUUUCAUAUACUGGACCAUUUAAUCAAGACUUUCGUAAUUUACUAAAUCAGAAUUGGCGUCGAGAAUUAGUACAAAAUAAAAUACCAUUUUCUGAUGACAUUAAUUACAUCACAAUGUUGGUGGAUAAUGCGACAUUAAGCGAAUGGAGUGUUCAAGGCUUACCUAAUGAUGAAUUAUCAAUUCAAAAUGGGUUGAUUGUAACACGUGCUAAACGUUACCCAUUGUUAAUUGAUCCUCAAGGUCAAGGCAAAGCAUGGCUAAGACGUAAAGAAGCUGAAAGUGAAUUGCAGAUAACAUCAUUGAAUCACAAAUAUUUUCGAACACACUUGGAAGAUUCACUAUCACUUGGACGUCCAUUACUCAUAGAAGAUGUUGGUGAAGAUCUCGAUCCUGCUUUAGAUAACGUUUUAGAAAAGAAUUUCAUUAAAUCUGGUUCAACAUAUAAAGUGAAAAUUGGUGAUAAAGAAUGUGAUAUAAUGAGUGGAUUUCGUCUAUAUAUUACAACAAAAUUACCAAACCCAUCAUAUACACCAGAAAUUUAUGCUAAAACAUCAAUCAUUGAUUUCACUGUUACAAUACGUGGCCUUGAAGACCAACUUCUUGGUUUGGUAAUAUUAACAGAGAAAAAAGAACUAGAGACGGAAAGAACUAAACUCCUUGAAGAUGUGGCGACAAAUCGUCGUAAAAUGAAAGAAUUAGAAGAUAAUCUGUUAUAUCGUUUAACAACCACUGAAGGUAGUUUAGUUGAAGAUGAAUCAUUAAUUGAAAUGCUGAAUGUAACUAAAAUGACAUCGAAUGAAGUGAGAGAAAAGUUAAACGUAGCAGUUGAUACCGAAGUGAAAAUUAAUGCAGCACGUGAAGAAUAUCGUCCUGUAGCGUCACGUGGUUCAUUAUUAUACUUUUUAAUUGUUGAAAUGAGUAUGGUUAAUGUAAUGUACCAAACAUCAUUACGUCAAUUUCUUGGUUUAUUCGAUAUAUCCAUGGCUAGAUCACAGAAAUCACCACAAAUGCAAAAACGUAUAGCAAAUAUCAUUGAUUACUUAACAUUUGAAGUGUACCGUUAUACAGCAAGAGGAUUUUAUGAAGUAGACAAGUUUACAUUCACUGUACUGUUAACCUUAAAAAUUGCGAUGCACAUAAAAGAGGUGAAACCUGAAGAAUUUCAAAUUUUCAUUAAAGGUAACUAG